UUCUAGGCGUUCCCAGUGUAGCGUGGACAGCAUACCCUCUUGUCGGCUGAUAAUUCUCGUUGACACUUCGUCGGAGAAAAUGGCGGCUGGAGUGAGACAGGAGCUUGCACAACUUAUGAAUUCAAGCGGAUCUCACAAAGAUCUCGCUGGAAAAUAUCGACAGAUUCUGGAGAAGGCCAUCCAAUUUACAGAUGCAGAACAAUUGGAAUCAUUAAAAGCAUUCGUCGAAGCAAUGGUCAAUGAGAAUGUCAGCUUAGUGAUCUCUAGACAGCUGCUGACAGACUUCUGCACAAACAUACCCAGUCUUCCUGACAGCACAGCCAAGUCAGUUUACCACUUCACACUAGAGAAGAUACAGCCCAGGGUCAUCUCAUUUGAAGAACAGGUGGCCUCCAUCAGACAGCACUUAUCCACCAUCUAUGAGAAGGAGGAGGACUGGAGAAACGCUGCUCAGGUUCUAGUGGGCAUUCCUCUGGAGACAGGACAGAAGCAGUACAACGUAGACUAUAAGUUGGACACGUACCUGAAGAUCGCCCGUCUGUACCUGGAGGAUGAUGACCCUGUUCAGGCUGAGGCCUACAUCAACAGAGCCUCUCUGCUCCAGAACGAGUCCACCAACGAACAGCUACAGGUCCACUACAAAGUGUGCUACGCCAGAGUGUUGGACUACAGGAGGAAGUUUAUCGAGGCUGCACAGCGGUACAACGAGCUCUCUUACAAGUCCAUCGUCCACGAGACAGAGCGUCUAGAGGCCCUGAAGCACGCUCUUCAUUGCACCAUCCUGGCAUCAGCAGGCCAGCAGCGCUCCCGUAUGUUAGCCACCCUGUUUAAAGACGAGCGCUGUCAGCAGCUGGCGGCCUACGGCAUCCUAGAGAAGAUGUACCUGGACCGCAUAAUCAGGGGGAACCAGCUGCAGGAGUUUGCUGCCAUGCUUAUGCCCCACCAGAAAGCCACCACUGGGGAUGGCUCCAGCAUAUUGGACAGAGCUGUUAUUGAACACAACCUGCUGUCUGCUAGCAAACUUUACAACAACAUCACGUUUGAAGAGCUUGGGGCGCUUCUGGAGAUCCCUCCCGCUAAGGAUGAUUAUCUCCAUGAUGAGGUCCCUGGUUACAGAUGCAGUCUGGCUGAGAAGAUCGCCUCCCAGAUGAUAACAGAGGGACGCAUGAACGGCUUUAUUGACCAGAUAGACGGAAUCGUCCACUUUGAGACACGGGAGCCCCUGCCCACCUGGGACAAGCAGAUCCAGUCUCUAUGUUUUCAGGUGAACAACCUGCUGGAAAAGAUCACUGCUGCUGCUCCUGAAUGGACAGCCCAGGCCAUGGAGGCUCAGAUGACCCAGUAGACUGACUGACAACCCCUGGCCUGGAACACUCCACAUGACCAUCCACACCAGGCACACCCCCUGGCCUGGAACACUCCACAUGACCACCCACACCAGGCACACCCACUGGCCUAGGACAUCUCACAUGAUCACCCACACCAGGCACACCCCCUGGCCUGGGACAUCUCACAUGACCACCCACACCAGGCACACCCACUGGCCUAGGACAUUUCACAUGAUCACCCACACCAGGCACACCCACUGGCCUAGGACAUCUCACAUGACCACCCACACCAGGGCACACCUGGCCUGGAAUACCCCACACACCAGGGCACAUCUCACAUGGCACCCUACUCCCUAUUCACUAUGGAGGGUGCGAUUUUGGCUGGGUGGCUGGGCUAAGUGCAAAGUUUUGUAAGAUCGUACUGUACUGAAGACUGCAAACACGAAAUUGUUCAGUUGAAACCAGCUGAAGCCAAAUUCUGUUGUAUUUUGGCAGGGGUUAAUAGAGCUUAGCCGAGUGCCCGUCUUAGUAGUGGUAGGGGAAACACUGGCCACUCCUCCCCACAUUCUCUCACUCUCUCUCUCACUGUCUUGCCCAGUUAAGUGUGAGACAUGUUCCAAUCUGGUACUUCUCUAGCAUGUUUCUCAGAAGAAGGCUGCUGUAUAUUAUGCUUGGAGUUUACCAUUCAUCUUUCUAGGACUAAUAAAUGGAUACUUGAAUCCAUAGGCUCAUCAAGUUACCAGUGGUUGCAAUCUCAUAUAUACUUUGAUUUAAUGUAAUACAAACCAGAGAACGCAAACACUGAUGUCCCACGACGAAGGUGUUAGUGAUUCUAUUUGAAAUGUGAAAGACACACAGGCCAUGCCUACCGCCACUUAAUUUGUUGCUGUAUUCUUGUACAAUGAUUUUGUUACAUUCUGUUUGGAAACAUUUUGUCAGACCUGGAGUGCAACUUCAACAAAGAGAUGAAUAAAUCAAAAAAUAAGUCA